AUGUCUGGAGAUGCAGGUGCACUGUCACGGUCUGCGUCGUCGGUGGGCCUGGGCGCAGUGUACGCGCCGCGGCCUCCGUCAACCGCCGCCCCGCCCGAGGUCCGCCUCGCCAAUCUGGCGCCUGUAGGCGAGCUGAGGACACGGCUGGCAUAUCUUCGUCGCAGGAUCGGCCGCAAGAGCAUGUAUCGCAGGCAGAGAAUGCAGGUGCAGCAGGAUCAGCGCUCGCCGCGGAGAAGCCGGGUGACACUCGCUGGCUGGCCGGAGCACGACGGCGGAUGGGACUCGGGCGGCGAGGACGGCGGCGGUGGUGACGACGGCAGCAGCUCAGGAUCGAGCGAGCUAUCGCGGUGGGAGGCAUCGCGCAUUCUGGACGAGGCGGUGCGGACGAGCGAGCGGCGGAUGCUGUCGGGCGGCGGUUCGCUGCACGACGUGCUCAAGCGGGCCGGCGCGGCGCCCGAGUCGCCCGAGGACUGGGCCGAGUUCUACAAGGAGGUCCGGCGGAUUGCCAAGCGGCUGCUCGACGAGAAGCAGGCGGCGCUGCAGACGCAGAUUUCGGCCGAGUACAUGCCGCUGGCGCGCGAGGAGCUGGCGAGCGUGCGAAGAGCGGCCAAGCUGCCGCAGCAGUCCGCCAUCCCGCUCAUGCCGUGCCGGCUCGGGCACUACACCAAGCGCAACCUGACGCGUCGGGUCAAGCUCGACGUGGAGGCGCGGAUGGAGGCCGAGUGGACGAUGUCCAAGAUGAUUCCUGUUGCGCGGGCGCACUUGACCUCGGUUGUGGCCCACGUAGCGUCGCUGGUGGGCAAUCCCGAGGCAAGGAGCCUGCGGCUGGCCAAGCUGCAGCUCUCGGCCGUCCCAAGCCAGGUGGCAGUCCUCCCGCAGCUCACGGCGCUCGACAUGUCGGACAACUACGUGUCGAGCCUUCCGCUGGCGCUGACCCGGCUGACGAACUUGAUGUCGCUGGACCUCUCGCGCAACGCUCUCCGCAACCUGCCGCACUUUGUGGGCGCCAUGACCUCGCUGACCAACCUCGAGCUCUCUGGCAACCACGUAAGGGCGCUGCCCGACUCGAUGACCGCGCUUCCCGCGCUGCACACGCUCGACCUCUCAAACAACAGCUUUGACGAGUACCCAGCCGUCCUCGCGUCGGCCAUCUCGCUCGUCAAUCUUAACGUGGCGCACAACGCGCUCACCCGGAUUCCGGCAAUGCUUGGCGCGCUCUCGCUCCUUGUGGUGCUGGAUCUCUCGCACAACGCGCUGGUCACGCUUCCGAGCGAGGUCGGGCAGCUCGCGCAGCUCCAGGUCCUCCUCCUCUCGCACAACACGCUGCGGAGCCUGCCGCCGGCGCUGUGCUCGCUUCGGAGCCUACAGCGGCUCUCGGUCGACCACAACCAGCUCAUGCACCUGCCGGCCGGCAUCGGGCGGCUCCGCUCGCUCGCGCGGCUCGACGUCUCGCACAACUGGCUCACCACGCUCCCGCCUUCUGUCGGGUUCUGGCGCACGCUCGAGGCGUUCAACAUCGACUACAACCUGUGGAUCACCAUGCCGUGGUCGGUCUUUGACCUCGUCGCCGCCACCCGCUCUAUCUCGCUUGAUCCCGAGUCGCGGUACUCGCUCGACAACUGGCUCGCCGACUUUUGCGAGCCGGCCAACGUGCCCGAGAAUGCGCCGUCGAUCCCGGUCUCGCUCUACACGCCUGCCGAGGUCCGGGUCAUCCACGACGCCGUCGCCGCCGGCCACACCGUUCUCCAGCACAUGCGCCCGCUCGGCUACAACGAGGUCCUCGAGCGCCGGAUUGCGCUCUCGGGCCUCACCGGCUCCAGCUCGCGCAAGACAACCGUGCUCCCGGCCGCCGCCUCGCUCGCCGCCGCCACCCUCAUGUCGCGCAUGGGCAAGGCGCCCGUCUCGCUCGGCGUCCGCAAGGCCCGCCGCCGCCUCGACGCUCGAUCGCGCUUCCUCGGCGUUGUCAACAACAUCACCGCCAAUGUCCGAAAGAAGCACUCGGGCCUCCGCCUCCUGCAGCGCCACAUGACCCAUCACAAGCCCAAGCCGCCGCCGCCGCCGCCGCCUGCCGGUGAUGAAGAUGUGUAA